AUGUUACUGAGACUGCUUCAAGGGCAGCAAGAGCAGCUUCAGAGGCUGCAAGAGAUGAUGGGAGCCCAGGUUCAUGGGCAACAGCAGCUUGCAGCUGCAACGCAGAGCUUUGCUUCGGCUAGCUCGGCCACAAAGGGACGUGGCUUGAUUGAUGUGAAAGCUGUGGGGCGACCGAGCCAGCUGGGCGGUACAUUGGAAGAAGCGUCGCGAAAUUGGCGCCAAUGGUCGUAUCGUCUUGAGCUUUGGCUAGCCUCGCAAUUUCCGGAUGCUAGGAAGAUCCUUGCUUGGGUCAAGGAAAAGGGUGAUACCGAGAUUCCUUUGGCAAGCCUGGAGUCGACUUCGAUUACGGGCGUUGCCAAGGAAGCGGUGCUGGAAUUUAAUCGCCAGCUUGAGGUGGUGCUUGGGACGCUUACCAGCGAUGCGCCUGGGGACAUCACGAUGAAUAGUUCGACUGGGUCAGGUUUGGACAUGUUCCGGAGGCUGCACGCCCGCCUGGAUCCAUCGGAUAUGGUCACCAGCAUGAGGUGGCUAAGGUCACUUAUGAGCACUUCGGCGGUGGACUCCGUCACCGACCUGGUGCCAGCCAUUGAAAAAUGGGAGGAUGCUCACCGGCGGUACAGCCAGCGGAAGGACUGCGCACCUUUGACGGAGCAGCAGAAGAUGGUUUCUUUGAUCGGCCUCGCGCCGUCUGAGCUUCAGGGCCACCUGGAGCUAAACCUGGGAAGGCUCAGCAGCUAUGAGUUGCUGAGGAGAGAAAUGGUGUCCUUUGCGGAUACCAAGCGGGCCUUUACGGCCACGGACGGUGCUGUGCCAAUGGAGGUGGAUGCUUUGAAGGGUGCCAAAGGACCGAAGGGAAAAGGAAAGAAAGGAGACAAAGGAAAGGACAAGGCCAAAGAAACAAGGACCUGUCACAUAUGCCAACGCGCUCAAGCGGGCAAGGGUAACAAGAACCGGCCAAAGGGCCGAGCCAACGAGCUUGACGGCACGGAGGGCGGCGCCAUGGAUGGGGCCGGCGAUGCCGAAUAUGAAGCCGAAGAGCCUGAUGAGGAAGCCGAGUUGGGCUUUAUAGGGGCUCUGGAUGGCGAGGGCGAAGCUGACCCUGAUGGGGACCCUGCCGAUGGCAGGGAAGAUGGAAGCGGAGGUGAUGGAGCGCUUCGUUCCUCACCUGGUGCCGACACCUCUGGGGCCGGGAGCUCCACGGAUCCCCCGGCACCCAAGGCUAAAGCCAAGGCGGGAUCAGCCAGUUCCACCCCAGUGGGCCUAAGGAUGGCCGAUAUGAGUGUGCUGAACAAGCUUCAGGAAAGGCGAAGGGAGCUUGAAGCUCAGAUCGCCGAGGUGGAAGCCAAGGGCAGUGAAGGUGACCAAGGGGAGCUCACCAUGCACCGGCUGAUGCUGGAUAUGGUUAAGGGUCAGAUCAAGAGGGCCCAGGAGCUCAAAAGGAACCGAGAAGAAAGGAUCUCGGCUAGGCUUCAGGCCGACCUGAAUGCGGGUCACAACCCGCGGCUGGCAAAGCGGAAAGAAAAGAGCCGCCAGAGAGCGGUGGCUGCACCACCCUCUCGCCGGGAAAAGGCUAUGAUGAGGGGCGAAGGCGAGGACCGCGAGCACUCUGGGGAUGAGCUCGACGAGCCCAAGGAAAGGGACUGGAGUGCCAAGCCUCGGCGGCUAACGCCAGAGGGCCGCGAAGGCAAGAGGCUGCGAGAGCAGAAGAGGAAGAAAAGAAGGGCUCAGGAGAUGAAGGAAGAAGCGGGUGGUGGACCGCCUCGGUCCCCACCGGCGGGGGUUCGCGGAACCGACCGGCCCAGUGAGCCGAAGGGGCCACCGCCUAAGCUGCGGCCGACCCCUAAGGUUCGGGCGACGCCCAAAGAGCCGAGUACUCCGCCACCGGGCCAUGAGUCGAGAAGGAAGAAGAAGGAAGAGGAAGAAGAGGACCUGGUGGAGAUGGUCUUCACCUUCAUCGACGGCUCGGGGGUUGUGGUGCGAAGAAAGGGCAUCUCCGAGCUCACCCUCAGCCAGAAAAGAAAGGUGGAGGAGGCAAUCGCCUCUGCACCUUGGAGGGCCGAGCCCAAGUCCCGAGGCAGGCCCCAGCUGAACAAGUACAGCCAGAUGUACUCGAGGUUUGUGAACUACCUCAAGGACCAGCCCUGCCGGAAACUCCGGGCCCUGGCCCCGAGGGGCACGGUGGGCGAAACGAUCGCCAACCGGGACCUGGAUGAUGACAGCGACUGCCACUCGUGCCACAGCAGGCGUGUGAAGACGACCGAGCCUGCAGACCGCUUUUACAAGAAGCGGCGGGCAGCAAGGGCCAAGCAAAGGGCCAAAGAGCUCCUGAGCGAAGACGAGGAAGAAGACCAAAGGGGUUACGAUGACCCCGACACGGACUCAGACCCCGGCCACCGACCUUUGGGCCGUGGGCCAAGGAGCCCACCAGGCGGUGGGGAAGGAGCCAAGGAGGCCGUGGUGUACUCCUUUGAGCCAGGGUUUGGUGGGGCCGCUUCGGCUACCACCAUCCAAGUGAUCCUGGAUAGUGGGGCGAGCCACAAUGUGAUCCCACAAGAGUGGGUGAAGCACCUGGAAUGGGGACCCGCCGAAGGACCGGCAGGCUUCCGCACCGCAGACGGAAGCUGGCUGCCAAACCUCGGUACGGCCGUGGUGUCUUUGAGGUCGACCGAAGGGUUUUCCUUUAAGGUCCGGUUUUGCGUGGCCUCGGUGCAGCGUGCGCUUCUCAGCGCGACCCAAGUGCUGAAGCUUGGGCACACGAUCGUCCUGAAAGGAUCGAGAGCGGUGAUCCGUGUGAAAGGAAGCGAGGAGAAAACUUUGGUGUUCAAGAUCCUUGGGCCCCCUCCGGUAGCUAGUUCUCCCGACCACUUUUUCAUAGGAUCGGAAGGAGAAGAGGACAAAGCCGAGGAGGAAAGAAGCAAAGCAAAGGAGAAGGCAAAGGAAGAACCAAGAAGCCCAACGCGCAAAGCAAAGGAAAAGCCAAGAAGCCCAACACGCAAAGCAGAGGAAAAGCCUAGGUCUAACUCGGGCAAGAAUCGAUCUGGAUCCCUUUAUGUGGGUGAAGCCGGCGGUGCUGAUCCACCAAGGGAGGAAGCUGCUUCAGCGUCCUCCCAGCCACAGGUCGAUGAGGGUCAGUCUGCUCAGCCGUUGGCCCGGCCAGACCGACCAACGCCCGAGAUGAUAGCAGCUCAUGAGGUUUCCCACGUUCCAUACAGGAGUUGGUGCAGAGCCUGCGUUGCAGGUCGUGGUCGAGCCUACCAGCACAAAGCCUCGGGUCAGGAGUCCACGGUGCCUGUCAUCAGCAUGGACUACCUCUACUUCAAUGAGAGGACCGAUGGCGCUGGGCUGCCCACCAUAGUCCUUCGCGAUCGCCACUCGAAGGCUAUCUUCUCGCACCUCCUCCCGUGCAAGGGAACGACUGGGUCUACGCACCCUGAGCGGGCUAUCUUGAAGGACCUUGAGUUCCUAGGGUACAAGAAACUGGUCCUAAAGAACGACCAAGAAGCUUCUAUCAAAGCUCUAUCUCUCGCUGUUCGCAAUGGCUUCAGUGGGGAGAUUGUUCCGGAAGAGUCACCUAAAGGGGACCACCACGGGCAGAGCAACGGGGAAGCUGAGAGGUCCGUUCAGACAGUGCAGGGUUUAGUACGGACCCUGAAGGCCAGUUUGACCGAGAAGGGCAUUACCCUUGAACCCACCUCAGCCGUGUUUGCCUGGAUGAUUGAAUAUGCUGGUGUGCUGCACACCCUGUUCAGUCAAGAGCUCCAUGAAGGGUUGACGCCUUUUCAGCGAAUAAAAGGGCGCAAGUGGCAAGUGGCUUUGCCAUGCUUCGGUGAAGCUGUGGACUACCGCCGCAAUACGCGCUCAAAGCUGGAUUCGCGAUGGCAAUCUGGAGUUUAUCUGGGCCUACGUCUGCAAAGCACGGAGAAGAUCGUGGGGACCAACCAAGGGAUCUUUGUGGUCCAGAGCAUCAAGCGGAAACCCGAGGGCCAACAAUGGGAUUCCGACUUGGUCAAGGCAGUUCGUGGAUUGCCCUGGAAGACCUCACCGGACGAGACUGGAGAUGGUGCUCGAUUACCCGAGCCACUGACCGUUCGAGCUCAAGUUGAGGAGGGACUGCCUCCACCUGCUCGCGAACUGGUUAAGCCCGAGGUAGCACCCUUCAGACGUACCUACAUCCGCCAGUCUGACCUAGACAAGUUUGGGUAUACGGCUGGAUGCGAGGCAUGCUCAGCAAUCCGUGAGGGUCGAAGGAGAACGGGCAUCAACCACACUGAGCACUGCCGCUCAAGGAUCAUGGAAGCCCUAAAGGAUUCAGAAAGCGGAAAGGCCCGACUGGAACGCGAAGAGCAGCGUGAGAGUGAAUUCUUCGAUAAGGUGAACAAAGCAGAAGAGAAGAAGAGGAAGGUGAGUACUGAGCAGGAGGCGUCCUCUUCCACAGACCCUCCAGCGGCCCAACCUUCCAGACCUCUGACCAUUGCUCGCCAACCGCCUUUGAGGCCAGAGGUUCCGAGCGAACCUAGCUCUCUGCCACCUGGUGGUGCGGCUGCUUCAGCGGCGCCCAGUGGGGGCCAGAAGAGAAAGAGUGAAGGCGGGGGGGACGAAGGUCGUGCCGAGCUGGCACCUCCUGACGCAAGGUCCGAAGGUCAGAAGCGCAAAUCACCUGAGAAUGCCGAAGGCAUGAUCGAAGAGCUCAUUCUUCAAGAGCGCGAAGGUUUCAUUGCCAGUAUCGAAAACGAGGAACAACCCACUUGCGACUUAGAGGACGACUUGUGGGAGGAAAAGUUCUACGACGAGAAUACUGGUAAAGAGCUUCCCGCCGAAGGUGUCAAGCAAGCUCGCAUGGAGGAGAUCCAAGUUAUCAAAGACAUGCAGGUUUGGGAGCCGAUUCCAAGACCCCCUGGCGAACGGGUCAUCGGCACCAGAUGGAUUGACAUCAAUAAGGGGGAUGAUCUUCGAAAGAAACUGCGCUCAAGGCUGGUAGCACAAGAACUGAAGAGAAAGAAAGGAGUCAACGAAGAUCCGAGCUGGACCGAGUUCUUUGCGGCAAUGCCGCCAUUGUCCUCAUUGAGGGCUCUCUUCACACUGGCUACAACUGGGCGCGUACCCGGCCCAAACAAGAAAGCCUUCCAGAUGAACGAGCAUGGUGAAGUCUGUGUGCUGUUCAUUGAUGUGAAGAAAGCUCACUUCUGGAGUCCAGUCAGGAGGCGACUCCUCGUGGAGCUCCCACCAGAAGCGGGAGAAGGACCUGACAAGGUCGGCCUUCUCAAAAGGAGUCUCUACGGAACCCGUGAUGCACCGAGCAACUGGGAACAUGCCAUCAAGAAAGUAAUGACCGACUUGGGUUUUAAGCAAGGGGUGUCCAACCCGUGCCUUUACUUUCACCCUGAGCAUGGCUUACGUUGCAAUGUGCAUGGAGACGACUUCACAGUCAUCGGGGGCUACAACAAGCUUCAAUGGUUGAUUGAGUCACUUCAGAAAGCGUGGACAAUUGAGGUGAGAGGAAUCUUGGCACGGCCCGGCUCGAGCCUGCCAGGAGUUACUCACAGCAUCUCUGUGCUGAACAGAUUGGUCACGUGGACCAACGAAGGGAUUGAGAUGGAAGCCGAUCCUCGGCACGUGGACCUGGUGUUGGAACACCUGGGUCUGAAUAACUCCAGCCCUGUUACCACACCACUUGUUAAGAGCACAGGGGAUGAAGAUGAAAGUCCACUCUCCAAGGAGGAUGCUGGACUCUAUCGGUCCAUAGCGAUGAGAAUUGGGUAUCUGUCAAGCGACAGACCCGACAUGCUUCGGACUGUGAGGGAACUUGCUAAAGGCCUUAAGGAGCCCACUCAAUAUCACUGGAACCUGCUCAAGCGUGCAGGGAGAUACUUGAGAGGAGCACCUCGCCUCGUGCAGCUUAUCCCUCACCAAGAAGGGUUCAGUGUCAUUCAAGGAUGGAGUGAUACAGAUCAUGCAGGAUGCGUUCGCACGAGAAAAUCCACAACCGGGACGGUCGUGCAACUAGGGAAGGCAGUCAUCAAAGCCACUGCGAAAGGGCAGGCAGUCAUAGCACUAUCCAGUGGGGAAGCUGAAUACUACGGCCUGAUUUCCACCACCAGCGCAUGCUUGGGUGAACAAGCAAUGUUGGCUGAUUGGGGCAUCAACUGCCCUGUGGUAAUCAACAUGGACGCCACCACGGGCAUAUCCAUUGGAAGCCGGAGAGGUCUUGGGCGUGUGAAGCACAUCCACACCUGCUUCCUGUGGGUUCAAGAGGUGAUCGACUCUGGCCGAGUUAAGCUGAAGAAGGUCCCUACGGGAGAAAUGCUGGCUGACCUGAUGACAAAGCCUCUGGAUGCGAAGCUCAUCCAGAAGUUCCUGCAAGGAAUGGGCUACAACAGCAGAGCGGGACGACAUCCUUUGGCCCUGAAGACGUGA